AUGCGGCGGGAAGGGAGCAGCGUCCGCCUUCCCCCUUCCCUUCCUUCCCUUCCUUCCCUUCCUUCCCUCCGGCAGCAGCGGGGCCGCGCGCCUCCCCCUCCCCGCAGGUCCCGUUCCCGGGACAGCGCUCGCGGCGCGGGAGCCACGCGGGCGGCGGGAGCUCCGCGGGCGCCUCCGCGGCGUUCGAGGGAGCGGGGCUGCCACCCUAUCUCUCUCUUUCUUUUAAUACAGGAGCUGCUCAGGGUGAUGAGGACAAUCGAUGAUAGAAUUGUUCAUGAGUUAAACACUACGAUUCCAACAGCUUCCUUUGUGGGGAAAGUUGAUCCUGGCCAGACGUGUAAAGAGCUGUACGAGUCUUUGAUGGAUGCUCACACCAAGAGAGAAAGAAUCAUCAAAGACUGCAUCUCUCAGACUUCCGCUGUAGUGAAAACCCUCAAAGAAGAGAGGGAAAAGGCCCAUGAAGAUGCAACAUUAUUAAAGCAACUCAGGAAAGAGCAGACAAAGUUGAAAUUGAUGCAGUCGGAGCUCAAUGUUGAAGAAGUGGUAAACGACAGAAGCUGGAAGGUAUUUAAUGAGCGGUGCCGAAUUCACUACAAGCCUCCAAAGAGUCAAUGAUGAUGUGGGGCAUUUUCCAUCAAGGUGGUCCAUAACUGUGAGAGCCAAACUGGAAAGAGACCUUGGGUGAGCUGAAUUGGGACCCUCCAGAACCAGUAGAACCCAGUCUUGUUUUGUUUUGGACCUACUUAGCUGAAUUCUCAAGCUUGAAAUGAUCCUCCUGUAAUUAAGAGAAAACAACUAAUCUUUUGUACAAAAUAUGUGAACAAAUGAGUUUUAUAGUAUUAAAACAAUUUUCAAUCGGAAUGCAAAA